AUGCACCAACGUGUGUGCAAAAUAUUUAAAAAUUUUCCAAAUUCGGAUAGUACAGCAAACAACCCAGAUGAUGGUUCCAACUCGGAGUUACUUUCUCCACAGCGGCAAUCACUUGUCCCACCCUCAAUAACACCGAAUAUUGACAAGGUAGAAACACCCCUUCCUGGUUUAAAACUGCCCGAAACUGCAAAACAAUGGGCGGAGGCAAACGCGUACUUCCAUUCGCAGAGGGCAAAUCUACCCAAUGUCAACAACAUCGACAACUUUACCAACAGUCUUCAAUCACUAAUAUACGACUACUUUGCUUCAAACUAUGGCACGUUGGAAACAAAAACAAUUUCAUCUGUUUAUCAGAACAAGUCAAUCAACAAAUUAAAAAAGGAGCUGAAACAACUCAAAGUCCUGGGCCGAAACAAUCACAACUAUGACUUGCAAACCAAAGCGCUUAGUAAAAAAAUAAGAUUAAAGCUAUCGGCCGUGAAAGCGCAAAAAUGUAGGAAGAACUCAGAUAUUACCAAUCGAUUGCAACAAAAACUUUGGCCUACUUGUAUAACUGUUAACCAUCAAAUAGAACAAGCUAUGAUGCUAAUUAAAUAUAUUUCACCGUCCUGCACUUAA